CGCAUGCGCUUCCGGUUCGGUGGUCAUUAACCCCCCGGUGUCUGUGAAGUUGUGACAUUAGUUACGUUGUAACGACAGAAAUGAGUAAUUAAGUGCUUUUGAUUUGGUUAGACCCUCUGUGUCGGGAGCACAUGAAACAGCAGCCGAAGGCAGGACAUGACGGCUAACGAGGAUCAGGAGAUGGAGCUGGAAGCUCUUCGCUCCAUCUAUGAGGGGGAUGAGUGUUUUAAGGAAAUCAGUCCAGUUUCCUUCCAGUUUAGAAUUGGGGACCUUGAGGAUACCAGAGCGUUCAUCCUGGACAUUGUGUGGCCAGAGACGUAUCCUGAGUCAGCACCACAGAUCUCCCUGGAUGCUUUCUUUAAUAACAGGAUCUCCGCAGAGACGAAGCAGCUGAUCCUGGCAAAGCUGGAGGAGCAGGUGGAGGCUAACCUGGGCACUGCCAUGAUGUAUACUCUGUUUGAGUGGGCCAAGGAGAACCAGGAGGAGCUCAUGGAGAACCACAGGCCUGUAAUGACUGCUGUGACAAUAAGGGGGAGUUGCCCAGAGGUUGGAACUGGGUUGAUGUGAUCAAGCAUCUGAGUAAAACAGGAGGGAAGGAUGAUGACUAGGCCAGAGGUUGUUGGCCUACUUUGUACCAAAACACUGCAGUGAAGUGAACCCUGAACUCACCUUAGAAAACACCGGAGCAGACUGAGCAAUAUCAAACACAAACAGACCCAACUUCUGCUGCUGCUGCUGUUGUUGUGUACUGCAACCAGAUCAACAAGUUCUGCCCACAUCCACAGCUCUGUCCUCCAUCAGGGUGGAGCGACAUACUGCUGUCACUGCCAUGUUUUCAGUGUGGAGUUGGGCACCAGAGCCGCUCUCAAUAUUUGGUCCUGGCUCUAAAUAAAAGUGCCGUGUGAUCUGCUGUUGUUACUUUAAAAAAACAAACCCAUAACUUUUGUAACGCCACAAAAAA